AUGUCGCCGCAGCUACCGGAGCUGCAGGAGCAGCAGCAGCAGCAGCAGCAACAGCAGCAGCAGCAACAGCAGCAGCAGCACGAGCUGCAACAGACGCCCCACAAAGUACAGCAGCUGCAGCAACAACAGCAGAAGGAACAACUAGAUGCAGGUGGGCCCCGCAGCGUCAGCCCUAUAGUCUCAAGCAGCACACAUUUGCAAGAACAGCAGCAGCACCAGCACCGUCAACAGCAGCAGCAGCAGCAAGAGCCUCAUGCACAAAACCAUCAUACUCCGCACAUUGAGGAUGAUUCGGGUACGCAGAAGCGCGUGGAGGAGCGUGCAGAGCAACAGCAAGAAGGGCAGCAACAACAGAAGGUGCAGCAGCAGCAGGGUCAUGAGCAGCAUCAACAGGACUACCAAGCACCGUCCAGUGAGGAGCAGCAACAGCAGCAACAGCAGCAACAGCAGCAGCAGCAUCAGCAGCAAGAACAGGAGCAGCAGUUACCAUCAUCUCAUCAGCUGCUGCGUCCUUGUGUCCGUGUACCUCCCCCCUUUGGCGGGGGUUCUGUCUGUGUUGAUGUUGCUGUCUUUGGCUCCAGCAUCACCAGCACUCUCAUCCUCGCUGCUCUCAGCCGCAGGGGCCUCCUCUGUCUCCUCUGUGAACCGUCAAUGACAUAUGGGGGCCCCCACCGGAGCAUGCGCCUAGACGAGCUCCUGCACUGGGCGGAGGGAGGCCCCCAUAGGGGGGCCUUUGGCCCGGAGGGGGGCGCAUCAGGACCUCCAGGUUGGCCUCCAUGGGGCCCCGACGAGGAAGAACGGAGACGAUCCCUCAAGAAGGGACUGCCCCCGUGCCCUUGCUGCUGUCAUGACACCGACGCAGAGAGAGGGCCCUCAGAAAGUCCAAGAGGGGCCCCUAGGGGUGGUGGGCCCCCCAGGGGCGAGCAGGCUGCUAAGGCGCAUGAGGAGGGGCCAGGCGGGGAUGGGGGCCCCGAAGGGCCCCCCUAUGCUCAUGGAGAGCCUAGAGACCCCCAACUUCAGCAGCAGCAGCCGCAGCAGAGUGACAGCCCAGCUCCCGUAGCGAGCGCUUUAGGGCUCGCUCGCCUCCUGGCGGCCACCAGCCACAGCGGUGUCUCCACAGAAAGGGGGCGUCUCCGCGGGGGCCCCCAGGGUGUUGGGGCUACUAGCGAUGCCCCAAGGGGGAGGGGUGUCCCUACUGGGUCCUCUGAUGGGGCCCCUGGGGGGGCCUCUGGGGUGGUCCCUGGAGGCAAGGGGUCGCCUGGGAACGGCCCCGGAGGGGGCCCAUGGGGGCCCCCUUUAGGUUCGGGUGAUGGGCUUGUGGGUAAGGGGUCCCCGGUUGGUGAUGGGUUUGAAAGGCGCUGGUAUUCGUUUGGACCCUUCCUCGAGCCUUCUGGGGCCCCCCAGGUUGAGGAGGCCCUGGAGGAUGAGGGAGGAGACAGCGAAGAGGAAACGGAGACAGAUGCUAGCAGCACAGAUUCUGCUUCUACUGAUGCAACAGCAGAGACAACGUACACUGCAACCACCAGCAGCACCACUGAUACGCUGCAGACAUCGCGGACGAACAGAGUCACAGCAAGGCCCAUCCCCCUUAUGCAGCCAACCACACCUCCUAAUGCUGCUGCACCUGCUGCCGUAGGUGGAGCUGCUGCAGCUGCUGCGGUCGCUGUGGGGCACUGGGGAGCAGGGCCCGUCGUCAGCCCCGCACCUUCGCUUCAGCGACCCUGUGGGGACUCGCCGGUUGCCGACAGUUUGCAGCAGCAGCAGCAUCAACAGCCGUUCCUGCUGGGGCAGACCUCCGGCGCUCACCGCGACCCACUAACUGCUGCUCUCCACAAUCGGAGGCCGGCGGAGACGCCGCUCUCUGAGCUGGGGGGUGACCAAAAUAGCCCCCCGCUGGCUUCUCCUGCUGACCCACUGGGUGCAGCAGCAGCAGCAGCUGCUGCUGCUGCACCCAGUGAGUCAGCGGGGGAAGGAGCAGCAGCAGGAGCAUCAGCAACAACAGAUGCGGGUCUGGCAGAAGCUGUGGAGGUUGCGGCUGCGGAAGCUGCAACGGCUGCAGCUCAGGCAGCGACAGCAGCAGCAGCAGCAGCAGAUGCAGAUGCAGCAGCAGCAGCAGGUGAGCCCCCUGGGAGUGUAGAGGCACAGCGACUGCAGAUGAAGCAUGAGCUGAUGGCUGAGGGCUCCCGCUUCCUUAUAGACCUGAUGCCCAAGUGUAUAUACACCUCAAGCGAUAUCAUCGAUGUGCUGCUGGAGAGCGGAACAGCGAAGUACUUAGAGUUCAGGACCUGCGAUGCAGCCGUACUGACAGCAGAGCUGGAGCAACUGCAGCAGCAACAGCCGCAAGAAGAUGGCGGAGCAGCUGCACCUACGCUUACCUCUCCGCAGCAGAAUCAGGGAGGAGGUGAGCAGCAGCAAGAACAGCAACAGCAGCAGCACCAGCAGCAGCAUGAUGGCGGACAUGCUGGCAUUGCUGCUGCUGCUGCUGCUGCUCCGUCAGUAGUUGUCGGCUUGGAUGCCUUGAUUUCUGGGGCCGAAUCUGCUGCUGCGGACUCUGGCUCAAGGGCCCCCUUUGAGGGGGGUUCCCCCCAUCGCCAAGCGUGGGGGACUGAAGGGGGCCCGCCAAGAGAGGCCCUUGGGGUAUCUCCUGCAGGUGAGAAGAUUGUACUGGAGGCAACACCGAUGAGCAAGAGCCAGAUAUUUCAGUCUUCUUCUUUGUCUCUAACAGAGAAGCGAGCUCUUAUGCGUUUUGUUGCUGCUGCGGGGGCCCCCCCACCCACCACCGUUAGCGCCCCCUUCGCCUCUGCAGCCAACUGGAGGCCCCAGGGGGCCCCUGCUGCAGCAGCAGCACCUGCAGCAGCAACCGGGGAUGCAGCAGUUGCAGGUGCAACAACAGCAGAUGCAACCGCCGUCAAAGAGGAAGCAGGGGACUGCUGGGAUUGCUACCUUGAGCAGCAGGGGCUGAACGCCCACCUACGUCGGCUAGUGACGUACGGCGUUUGUCUUUGUGAAGAGCCCCUGCUUCCCGAAGAAGCACCAGCAGGCGCAGCAGUAGCAGCAGCAAGAAGAUGCAAGGGCAAUCAUGUUCGUCGGUGGAGUGUUGCAGAGGGGCGGAGUCGCCUGCAGUUAUUUGUGACUGGGUGUGGGUUGUUUGGUUGCCAGGGGGCCCCGCUGCUGUACCCUCUGUACGGCUCAGGGGACCUUCCCCAGGCCUUCGUUCGUACGGCAGCUCUCAGCGGGGCCCUCUGCAUGCUGGGGGCAGCGGUGGAGAGGCUGCAGUUUGUUGCGCCUCCCCCACAGCAGCAGCAGCAGCAAGAACAGCAGCAGCAGGAGCAGCAGCAGGGAGAGCAGGAAGAGCAGCAGCAGCAAGCGAACCAACGAGGAGCGGCUGAUGAGGAGGAGGCCGCAGAAGAGCUGUCUGCGAGGCUGCAGCGCAGCAGCAGCAGUGUAGUGUUGCACUGCAGCAACGGCGAACGAGUCCUUACAAAGCUGCUGCUCUUUGAGGGGGGGUCUAUCCCGGCCCCCAACACAGAGCCCCUCAUUCUGAGGAGACAGGCGCAGGCCUUCUACCAUGCAUUCUCUCCCACCAAGCAGAAGCACCAGCAGCAACAACAGAAGCAGGAGGAGCAGCAACGGCAGCAGCAACAGCAGCAACCGGAGGAGCAGCAACGGCAGCAGCAACACCAGCAUCUGCAGCAGCGGCAGGAGUCGACGCAGGACGGCAAUAACACAGCUGACAUGGAAAUAGGCGGGAUGAGUGCUGCAGCAGCAGAAGUACUGCCGACAGCAGAAACAGCAGCACAAGCAGCAUCUGCUGUUAAAAAGACGAAUGCAGAAGCAUCGCGAGCUAGUGAAAGUGCAGCCAAAGAAGACGCGCGAGCUCCAGCAGCCGCAACAUCAGCAACGUCUCCAGAAGCACCCGCAGCAGCAACGGCAGCAGAAGCAACAGAAGCAGCAGCAGCAGAUGCAGGAACAGCAACAAAAGGCAACAAGGGGACUGCUGUGACCCCGUCGUGCUGCCGGCUGCUUGCAAUUUGUACAGAGCCCGUGCUGGGGGGCCCUGGCUUUAGAAUGGGUGUUGUUGUAGCGCAUGCAGCCUGCGGUGGAGCAGCUGCAGCAGCAGCAACUGCUGCUGCUGCUGCGGCUGCGGAUUCCGGCAGUUCGAACAGCAGCAGCAACAGCAGCAGCAGCAGCCCUACAGAAGCGGAGCUGCCUGUACAUGUGCUGCAGACAGACGCAGCAAGUGCUGUCGCCCCCAAGGGGUAUUUCCUGCUGCACCUUUCUCACGUUUGUUCUGCUGCAGUUCGUUGCUGCGGUGACUUGCCGCCUGAACAGCAGCAGCAGCAGCAGCAGGUACUCCCUGGGGCGGCUCCCGCUGCUUCGGGUGUAUGCGGCUGCUGCAGCAACGGAACGGGGCGUUGGCGGUGCGCUGGGGGAGGGGCCCAAGAGUCAGCAGCAGCACGGGGUGUACGUACAGCUACCUGCGGCUGUGGGGUUGAUAUGCAUUGCUGCGCCGUGCUGCUGCGGGUCCUCAGGGGCCUCCUCAGGUCUGCUGGGGGCCUCCGCAGUUGUUACUUUCUCUGCUCCUUUCGCUACACCCAACACGUGGCUGCUGCGUCAGCAGCAGCCGCAGCUGCUGCUGCUCCAGUUGUGCCGCUGCCACUACCUGUCGCACCGUCACAGCAGCAGCAGCAGCAGCAGCAACAGCAGCAAGAGGAACUGCAAGAACAGUCAGAUGCAGCUGCAGCAGCAAGGGCUGGUGCUGCAGUGAGUGACAGCGACGAUGCAGCUGUAUCUGAAGGUGCCGCAGCAGACGAAGCACGAGCAGCACCAGCAGGAGGGGCAGUAGAAGUCGGAGGUGCUAAGGAUCAGGAAGAAGACCCUGAGCUGCUUCUACUGCGAGCAGGAGCUAAGACGGGCAGCAGCAACGAGCCGCAGCUGUCAACAGCAGCAGCACCGUGUGGGGUUUUGUCUCUACCGGAUGCCUGCGUGUCUCCUUGCUUCACGCUGCUGCAGGAGGUCGAGGGAGCACGGCUGAUGGUGCAGCAGUUGCUGCAGCAACAGGUGCAGCCACAGCAGUUGAUUUCUAAGGCACCCCAGCUAUUCCCAGAAGAGACAGAGGGGGACACGAGGGACCUCGACGCCACUCUGCGGGAGCUCACAGACCUCUUGCAGGAGCAGCAAGAAACAACCCUACCCCAGUAG